CAACAUGGCAUCUGUUAGAGAAUAUAAUGUAGUGGAGCAGUUCAACAGCAAACUGGAGGAGAUCAGGGCCAAAAUGCUGGAUCAGGCCAUGGGAGAAGUGCUCAACGACACGGAGCUCUGUCAGGAACACAGGCAGUACAAGAAAUCUGUCCUGGAUACUUGCUUUAAGAAAUGCAAAGAGGAUGAAACCAUGUUUGACAUGAUACAAAAAAACAAACAAGAAUUGAAGGAGAACUCGUCUUUACUGAGAGAGAAGACUGCUGAACAUGUUGAGAUUGUGUCGGGGAUUGAAGACAAGGAGCAUCACAAAGCGCUCCUAUUUCAGAGAAUUGAGAAGCUCAAGAAGGAUCAGGCCAAAAACAGGGAAUUGAUUCAGUCACAAAACAAAGCCAACAAGGACAGACUGAAGAAGCUGAACAAAUGUAAAGACAUCUUUCAGAAGCAUCUCAGUCUUGAGAUCAGAAAAAUCCAAGGCGAGAAACUGCAGUUUGUCUUCAGGAACAUCAGUGCUAAAGAUCCAGACAUGGUUCAUGCGUUUCUCCUCCAGCUGGACGCAGAGGGCGUUUACCACAUUAUCUCCUGUGACCCUCCUCUGGAGAAAAUGACACAGCUAGAGAGCAGACUGCAGGAAACCAACAACUUCUCUGCCUUCCUCGCUAACGUCCGGAGAGAGUUUGUGGCGCUUCAUACAGGUGCAAAGAUGGUCUGAAUUUCAGAAACGGUCAGAGACCCAGACACCAUAUUUAUAGAUCUCAUCAGCAAAUAUAUCAAGCUUUAUUUUCCUGAAACAUCAGUCAUAAUCACUUAAAGUGAAAUAUUCAAAUGUUCAUGCUUUGUACAUUGCUUUAUUGAUUUAUAAUUUUAACAAUAAACAACAUUUAGUCCUAAUACUUAAAGUGCUUCGUUUUAUAAUACAGUAUCAAUAUACUGUAAACAAUUUGUAUUGUGUGUAGUCCAAAUCAUA